AACGCCAAAAAAGAUGGUGCUAAGCUUCAAAGACAAUUAAAAUUGAAAUCAAUGAAGUUCUGUGAAACGCUUCGGCCAUGGAUGGUAACUCAAAGUUCUUCAAAAAUUCUAAUCCCCGAGCGACUGCAAGUACACUUUCAAUUUUACUAUGGUGGUGGACCAAGGAUAUCUUCAAAAAAGGAUACAAAAAAGUUUUAGGAUUAGAGGAUCUGUACGAGCCCCUCAAGUCGGAUAAAUCCAACGUUUUGGGAGAUCGAUUGGAAAGACGAUGGAACACAGAGUUAGAAAACGCAAAAAGAAGCAAGCGUCGCCCGAGCCUAUUGAGAGCGAUUUUUCGGACAUUCCUACCCGAAUAUUUGUACCUAGGCUGCAUUCAAGUAAUCAACGAAUUCUUCAUAAGACUGGGCACCCCGAUCCUCUUGGGAGGACUGUUGAAGUACUUCAACCCCAAACCAUUGACCACGUACGAGUCAGCGUUGAUCUAUGCGGCCGGCAUCGCGGCCACCACUGCCUUCAGCGCGGUUAUCAUCAACCAAAUUAUUUUCACUGCCUUUCACGUGGGUGGAAAGAUCAGAAUAGCCGUUUGCUCGGUCGUUUACAGAAAGGCCUUGCGGUUAAGCAUGACUGCAUUGGGUGAAACAGCGCCGGGAAAAGUAGUCAAUUUAGUAGCCAACGACGUCAACAGAUUCGAUCUAAUCAUGGUUUUCAUACACCACAUGUGGACCGCACCGCUGCAGGGUAUAAUAAUCGGGUACUUCAUGUACACCCAAGUAGGCUACGCCGGUCUCUUUGGAAUUAUCGCUGUCCUCACUGUUGUGCCCAUUCAAUCUUUCACUGGCAAACUGUCAUCCAAGUUCCGACUGCAAACGGCCAUAAAAACGGACGAGCGAGUUCGUCUGAUGGACGAAAUAAUCUCGGGGGUCCAAGUGAUAAAAAUGUACGCGUGGGAGAAGCCCUUUUGCUCCCUGAUCGAGCUGGCUCGCCAACUCGAGCUCAAAGUUGUGAAAAAGAGCGCGUACAUACGGGGCAUAUACAUGACGUUCAACCUAUUCACCACGCGCAUGGCUCUCUACUGCACGAUCCUGGCUAUGCUCCUGGGACAGGAGCGACUCACUGCCGACAACGUGUUCGUCUUCUCGGCGUACUUCAAUAUACUGGCUAGCACGAUGUCCGGCAUGUUUGUGCGGGGCUUUGCCGAGAUCGCCGAGUGCAUCGUCGUUGUCAGGAGGCUGCAGACCUUCUUGACUUACGAGGAAUUUCAGCCGGGGAACGUGACGAGCGAGGCCAACGGAACGCUCGGCUGUGGUUUGAAGAAGAAGGACCAGGAUUUCCCGUACAUAGACGAGGAUGUUCAUUACGACGAGCGAAUGUCCGACAGAAAUAAACAGAUCUUCGUGUUGUCGAGUGACGUGUUGAAGGAAAAUUCGUCCGAGAUCGACAAGAAGCAUCAUAUCGGUAAUCACGUUAAGAGUAUGGAGGAUGAUGAUGAUGAUAUGUGGGCUGUGAAUCUUAACCACGUGACAGUCAAGUGGGACCUGCAUGCAUCGGAGGCCCCGACAUUGGAGAACGUCAGUUUGAACAUUGAAAAGGGCAAACUGUAUGUGGUGAUCGGUAUGGUUGCAACCGGCAAAAGUACACUGCUAUCAACGAUCCUGGGAGAAAUCAAUGUGCUGCAGGGCAAUGUCAAGGUUAAAGGCAGCAUCAGCUACGCAGGACAAGAAUCGUGGGUGUUCGGAUCUAGCGUCCGGCAAAAUAUCCUGUUCGGUCUCGAAUUCGACCGGCAAAGGUAUCAGAAGGUGGUAAAGGCUUGCGCUCUGCUCAAGGAUUUCAAGCAGUUCCCGCAUGGCGAUCAGACCAUCGUGGGGGAAAGGGGAAGUUCGUUGUCUGGUGGUCAAAAAGCCAGGAUCAAUUUGGCGAGGGCAGUCUACAGACAAGCCAACAUAUACUUACUGGACGAUCCUUUGAGUGCGGUUGACGCUCACGUUAGUAAGCAUUUGUUUGACGAAUGUCUCCAAAAGUACUUGAGUGGUACGACUCGUAUAUUGGCGACUCAUCAGCUCCAAUACAUCAAACACGCCGAUUCCGUUAUUCUGGUUGAUCAGAAUAAAUUAAAACAAUUCAGCGAUUAUCGGGAACUUUUGCGAACGUAUCCUCAAUACGACAAAUUAGUGUCCGAAGAAAAACCAGCAGAGUCCGACGAUUCGUCUUUCGACGAGUCUUACAUGAGACGUCAAUUUUCUUCAUCGAGCACUCGAAGCAGAACAACCGAAAUCGGAGGAGAAACAGACGGGGAAGAAGAAAACGAGAACAAUGUCGAACACAGCCAAGGAUUUAUUGAAGGGACGUCUCGUGGUACCGUGAAAGAAAAUAUUCUACUGAAAUACUACAAAGUGGGCUCAAGCUUCUUCGCCGGAGUAGCAGUACUGCUAUUGGGUGUACUUACUCAGAUUAUAGUGAGUCUCAACGACAUGUUUAUUCCCGUAAUAGUAACGGUGGAAGAGUCGCGGUACUUUUACGACCAUUUGAACAAAAGUGAGAUGAACAGCACGUCAAUGUAUAACAUAACUGCGUCAAUGACGGCUAUUCUCAAAGAAGAAGAUAUUCUCCCGAGGGACACUUACGUUUACAUUUACUCGGUCAUCGUCGUGCUGAUCUUCGUGGUCGGUAUCAUACGUUCUUUCGUCCUUUACGAGAUCUGCGUGCGCUGCAGUCAACGCUUGCACGACCUCAUGUUUGGCGGGCUUAUACGCACGUCCAUGCGGUUCUUCGACACGAACCCGAGUGGCAGGAUUUUAAACAGAUUUUCCAAGGACAUGGGCGCAAUCGACGAACUAUUGCCCAAGGCCCUGCUCGAUGCCGGUCAGAUUAUCCUGUCUAUGAUUGGUUCGUUGGUCGUUUCGUGCACUGUCAACCCGAUCUUCCUCGUGCCGAUCUUCUUCACAAUGGUCAUAUUUUAUUGGAUAAAAAAGGUUUAUUUGAAGACCAGCAAAAACGUCAAGCGACUCGAAGGAAUGACCCGAUCUCCGGUCUUCACGCAUUUGAACACAACCUUGAACGGCCUGUCAACCGUGAGGGCCUUCCACGCGCAGGACGUGCUUAUAAAAGAAUUCGACAAAUUUCAAGACAUUCACACGUCGUCCUGGUACAUAUUCAUCGCGGCAAGCACAGCUUUCGGGUUCGCCCUCGACGUUUUUUGCUUCCUCUUUACCGCCUUGGUGACUUUCAGUUUCCUCAUCAUCGCGAAAAAUCAGCAUUACAGCAUCAGCGGCGGCCAAGUAGGUCUGGCAAUCACGCAGGUAAUGAUGCUGACGGGUAUGGUGCAAUGGGGCCUGCGUCAAUCGGCCUAGGUAUCGAAUCAGUUAAUGUCGGUGGAACGAGUGCUGGAAUACACGAAAUUGCCACCCGAGCCCAAUUUACGAGACAAUGACGUUGUAAUGAACAAAAAGAAGAAGAAGAAGAAGGUGCAAGAGUCAGAGGAGAAGCUGGUCGAGGUGCCAAAGGACUGGCCCAGCGAUGGGUGCAUCGAAUUCAAGGCAGUGUACAUGAGGUACACGGACGAAGAUCCACCGGUACUUAAAGGCCUGACUUUGAAGAUUCGACCGAGCGAGAAAGUGGGCAUAGUCGGGAGAACCGGUGCCGGUAAGUCAUCCCUCAUUUCCGCCCUGUUCAGACUGGCCAAGGUCGAGGGUAUCAUAGAAAUCGACGGCAUUGACACCGGGACUAUUGCCCUCGAGGACUUGAGGAAGCACGUAUCGAUCAUUCCACAAGAUCCCGUUCUUUUCUCGGGUACGUUACGCCGCAACCUCGAUCCUUUCAACGAGUUCGAAGACAAAACCCUGUGGACGGUCCUGGAAGAGGUAGAAAUGAAGGACGCGGUCGUGGCGACUGGCAAUGGGCUGGACAACAGGGUGAUGGAUCGCGGCGCGAAUUACAGUGUGGGACAACGACAGCUCAUCUGUCUAGCUCGAGCUAUACUGCGCAAUAACAAAAUUUUGAUGCUGGACGAAGCCACUGCCAACGUUGAUCCGCAAACGGACGCUUUGAUUCAACGUACCAUACGCACCAAAUUCGCCAAGUGUACCGUAUUGACGGUAGCCCACAGACUUAACACCAUAAUGGACAGCGACAAGGUGCUGGUGAUGGACAAAGGCAGACUUGUGGAGUACGACCAUCCACAUGUGCUAUUGCAAAAUGAAUACGGACCAUUUUCUCAGCUGGUGAGGGAAACUGGUAAGACGAUGUACGAGCAGUUUCGUAAAAUCGCUGGCGACUCUUAUGCAUCCAAAUGUGAUAGCGCAACCCUAUAGAGUGAGGUUGCGAAUGAAAAAUCUUAAAUACUUUAUUACUAAUGGAUGGUCUUUAUGAUAAAAGAACGAAAAAAAAAAACAACAAUUUAUCGAUUACAUUGUAAUAUUACAUGAAAAAGGGCAUAAAUUUCAUACGCACUAAUGACCAAUUACAUUUAAAGUUUUUUUAUAGUAUUUUCAUGUAUAAAAGCAGAAAUUUGAGCAAUUUUCUUCGUAAUAUAUUGAAAUGUGCUCAAUGCCUGUAUAUUUUUACAAUAAAAUACUUUAAUCGCGUGAUUCAAAUACUUUUGAGUGUAUAUAAAAAAAAAAAGUAAUAGAAGAAUAUUACAAAAUGGUUACUUUUAAAUGUAAAAUAAAUAUUACCAAUUUUCGUAUGAAGUGAGCAAGGGAGUGGGUGAAAUUUUUAAAAAUAUCUGUGAAAUAAAUAGCACAUAUUAUGUCUAAUGUUUAUAUCACAUAUCAUGAAUUUUUUUCAUAAAAUUUAAUGCACUUGGAAAACAACUUUUUGUCCAGAACGAUCUUGACUGAAAGAUUUUUAUUUUUUAUAACGAUAUUGAGAAAAAAAUUUUAACUUACUAAAAACUCAU